CCAAAGGCCAGGGGGAGCAGGGAAACGGACGGACCGGAAGGAACUGGCAAGCGGACGGGAAGUGCAACUACAGUACGUCGGGAGAAGGUCCGGCGAUGGAGUCCGAAUCUGUGAGCGGGGAGCUCGAUGGCGGCAGUGGGAAGCGUGCACGGUCUGAAGAUGAGGAUGACGAGGAGGAAUAUAUUCCAUAUAUUCCUGUUAAAGAGAGAAAACAGAAGAUGAUGGAGAAGUUGGCACGGAUGAGGAGGAAGGGUGUCGUGGAUGAUGAUCAGGACAGCGGCAGUGACCACAGAGAAGAUGAUGGCGAUGGCCCCCUGGGACCACGAUCCAAUAUCAGCCUGCUGGACCAGCACCAGCAGCUGAAGGAAAAAGCAGAAGCACGCAAAGAAUCUGCUAAAGAAAAACGACUGAAAGAAGAGGAAAAGAUUUUGGAAAGUGUCGCUGAAGGCAGAGCUCUGAUGUCUGUGAAGGAAAUGGCAAAGGGUAUAACCUACGAUGACCCAAUCAGAACCAGCUGGAAACCACCUCGGUAUAUACGCUCCAUGCCUGAAGCUCGCCAUGACCGAGUGCGGAAGAAAUACCAUAUCUUGGUGGAGGGGGAAGGUUUGCCGUGUCCUGUCAAACACUUCAGAGAAAUGAAAUUCCCACCAGCAAUUUUGAAAGGCCUGAAAAAGAAGGGAAUUUUACAUCCAACUCCAAUUCAGAUCCAAGGAAUUCCAACUGUUUUAUCGGGCAGGGACAUGAUUGGGAUUGCAUUUACUGGGUCUGGCAAGACUCUGGUGUUUACCCUACCCAUGAUCAUGUUCUGCCAAGAGCAGGAAAAAAGGCUGCCAUUCUCCAAGAGAGAAGGUCCGUAUGGACUCAUCAUCUGCCCAUCAAGAGAAUUAGCAAGACAGACCCAUGGGAUCAUUGACUAUUACUGCCGCUUGCUGCAAGAGGAGGGCUUUCCCCAGCUUCGCUGUGCUCUCUGCAUUGGUGGCAUGUCCAUCAAGGAGCAGAUGGAGGUUGUCAAACAAGGUGUGCACAUGAUGGUUGCUACUCCUGGACGUCUGAUGGACCUCCUGCAGAAGAAGAUGGUUGGUUUGGACAUCUGUCGCUACCUGGCGCUGGAUGAAGCAGACAGGAUGAUAGACAUGGGCUUUGAGGAGGACAUCCGCACCAUCUUUUCCUACUUUAAGGGCCAGCGCCAGACUCUUCUCUUCAGUGCCACGAUGCCGAAGAAGAUUCAGAACUUUGCCAAGAGUGCUCUCGUGAAGCCCAUCACCAUCAACGUGGGUCGGGCUGGAGCUGCCAGCCUCGAUGUGAUCCAGGAAGUCGAAUAUGUGAAGGAAGAAGCUAAGAUGGUUUACUUACUGGAAUGUCUGCAGAAGACUCCACCUCCGGUGCUGAUAUUUGCAGAGAAGAAAGCUGAUGUGGAUGCCAUCCAUGAAUACCUUCUUUUGAAGGGUGUGGAAGCUGUUGCCAUACAUGGAGGGAAAGACCAAGAAGAGCGGACUAAGGCCAUUGAGGCAUUCCGGGAAGGUAACAAGGAUGUGCUUGUGGCAACCGAUGUUGCAUCAAAAGGCUUGGACUUCCCAAAUAUUCAGCAUGUGAUUAACUAUGAUAUGCCUGAAGAAAUAGAGAAUUAUGUUCACAGGAUUGGACGUACUGGGCGAUCAGGGAAAACGGGAAUAGCAACAACUUUUAUCAACAAAGCUUGUGACGAGUCGGUUCUAAUGGAUCUAAAGGCCUUGUUACUGGAAGCUAAACAAAAGGUCCCACCUGUUCUGCAGGUGCUUCAGACAGGAGAUGAAACCAUGCUGGAUAUCGAAGGUGAACGAGGCUGUACUUUUUGUGGUGGUUUGGGACAUCGUAUCACAGACUGUCCAAAACUGGAGGCCAUGCAGACGAAGCAGGUCAGCAACAUCGGCCGCAAGGACUAUCUGGCUCACAGCUCGAUGGACUUCUAACCUCUGCCAGCUAAGGUGCAGCCUGUGGUUCAAGGAUUAGAACAGUUCAUCACCUAGAGACUGGGGCUGACCUGCGAUACUGUGACCGGCUCCAUGAUCAGCCCUAUUGUGCCUGGAGACAGAAAAAGUGAACAGUUUGGUCCGCCCUUUGUGGCUAUUGUACAAAAAUGAAUAUUAAACUAAGCAUCAUUUAAUGUCUCGCUACAUCGCAAUACAGACUUUAAUGAGUGGAACAACUCUCCCACAGCCCUCAUUAACUUGAAGGAUGUUUUUGGUUUGGUGGUUAUCCGAGCCAAAAUGUACAUAUAUGUGAAAAUAAAUGCUGUUUUGAAAUAACCUGUUCAGAAUCUUCCCAUCCUCCUGUCUGUCACCUUCUCGAGCAGUCUAAGCCCUGGCUGCUGCUUUCCAUUGCAAGCUUUCUUUGCUUCCACAUUCUUGAUGUCCAAUAGAGUGGAGGACCUCUUAUUCUCAUUCUUUCCCUUAGCCCACCAAGCCAAAGUUCCCUUUCCAUUGUUUCCAUCAUUUAUCUCUUUACAUCCUCCUCUUGGAAGUUUAUACAGAACAAGAGCUGAGAUAAUGUCCCUUAAUUUCAAUUUACCUUGUUAGCAACACAACCUCAUACACCAAUCCAGGGGUGACAACAAUCUCACAUUGUACUAUUUGCCCCGUCAGUCUAUGAAAGGGAAAGUACUCAGUCACUUCUUCCAUCUUGGCACACAAAGUCUUAAUGGCUACCAGGUACACAGCAUUGUGCACAUUUACCAAGGUCUCAUCAUGAAACUUCAUUGUUGGAGGAUUGAGGGUGUGGUGAUGUACGUCCGGAGCAGCUCAAUGUAGAUCUUUGUGUCGAGAAUAAAGUCCAACUUCUUGCACACUUCUUUGACCAAAUCAGGGGAUGAAUAAUU